AUGUCUUCUCGCGAAACAUCUGAACCAACUUCAGAAUACAUCUGCGUCGAUUGUGGCGCUACAGUCAACAUCCCUAAUGGCACCAAGGAUUCUAACUUAAUCAAGUGCAAGAUGUGCAGCUGCAAUCUUCUUGUCAAGAAGAGACCAGAGAGAAGUAUCCAAGUUGAUGCGGUAUAA